AUGUCCUUUGGGUAUUUAGAUCAUUCAUCAUCAGCUAGGUCUGGCUGGACUCGUUCAGAGAACAUUCUUUUAGAGAGAGCCAUCUUGAUGUUCCCAGAAGAAAUCCCAGAUCGUUGGUACAAAAUUGCCAAUCAAAUUCCUGGAAAAUCUACUAUUGAUGUGUUGGAACAUUACAUCAAACUCAUACAGGAUACUGAUGCAAUAGAUUUUGGCUCUAUGGAUUGGUACAUUCCAUCCAUGUGGGGCUUGAAAGAAGAUGAAGGGGAAGAAGUUAGUGGCUUAAAAGACAUGAAAGGGGGGACUUCAUCAACAAAAGAGGAGGAACCUAGUCACUUAAAAGAAAGGAAAAAGGGGGCUUCUUGGACUGAGGAGGAGCACACAUGGUUUCUACAAGGACUUCUAAAAUUUGGAAAAGGUGAUUGGAAGAACAUCUCUAGACACUGUGUAACGACUAGGACUCCAACUCAAGUUGCUAGCCAUGCUCAAAAGUAUUUUGCACGGCAAAAGUCUGGAAAUGCAGAGAAGAGGAGGAAAAGAUCAAGCAUUCAUGACAUCACCACCAGUGAUCUUCAUUCUCCACAUGGUGGUGCUGCCUCAUAG